AUGUCUCAUCCAACAUCAUCGGCGUCUCAUGAAGGAGAUCAUCAUUCAUUUCCUUUCAUUCCAAGACGAGAACGAACACUUUCGCAAUGUGAACGCACAAUGCAAAGCCCAUCUUAUGAAGGUAUCAUUCAUGAAUUUUGUCGAGAAAAAGGUUACGGUCAUAUUCAACAAAAAGGUCCUCCAAGCGAGCUCAUAUUCGUUCAUGUUUCCGACAUUGACGAUGAUUAUGUUCCAAAAGCAGGUGACAUUGUAUCAUUUAAAAAAAUACUAAUGCCACCAAAAAAUGAAAAAAUGAUGGCUGUUCAUAUAAAACUUCUUCAUUUAGCUGAAGGUGUCAAACAUGAAUCAUGGGAAGAAGCGGUUGAACAUGACAUCGAACAUCGACGACCAUCACGAUCAGAUGAUGCUUCACAUACGCACGAAUUCAAAGAUAAUGAUAGUCAUGUUCAAAACUGA